AUUUGAACAUGGAGUUCAACCCAUCAGAUCACCCACGGGCCAGCACAAUAUUCCUCAGUAAAUCUCAAACAGAUGUGAGAGAGAAACGCAAGAGUCUCUAUAUAAACCACCACCCUCCUGGGCAACUAAAAAGGAAGUACAGUUCUUGCUCCACUAUUUUCCUGGAUGACAGCACGGUCAGUCAACCAAACCUCAAGUAUACAAUUAAAUGUGUAGCUCUUGCAAUAUAUUACCACAUCAAAAACAGGGACACAGAUGGAAGAAUGCUCUUAGAUAUUUUUGAUGAAAACCUCCACCCCCUUUCGAAAUCCGAAGUGCCACCAGAUUAUGACAAACACGACCCAGAGCAGAAACAGAUUUACCGCUUUGUUCGGACGUUGUUCAGUGCUGCUCAACUGACCGCUGAAUGUGCCAUUGUCACCCUGGUAUAUCUUGAAAGACUUUUAACAUACGCAGAAAUAGAUAUUUGUCCAGCAAACUGGAAGCGAAUUGUACUGGGCGCAAUUCUACUGGCAUCUAAAGUUUGGGACGACCAGGCAGUGUGGAAUGUGGAUUACUGUCAGAUCCUGAAAGAUAUCACAGUUGAGGACAUGAAUGAACUGGAGCGCCAGUUCCUCGAGUUGUUACAAUUCAACAUUAACGUUCCUUCCAGUGUUUACGCCAAGUAUUAUUUUGAUUUACGUUUCCUGGCAGAAGCAAAUAACCUGAGCUUUCCUUUGGAACCUCUCAGCAGGGAAAGGGCAUACAAACUUGAGGCUAUUUCCUGCUUGUGUGAAGAUAAAUAUAAGGACUUCAGGAAAUCUGCAAAGAAACGGUCAGUUAGUGCUGACAAUCUGACUGUGGUUAGAUGGUCCCCUGCGAUCAUCUCCUAACAGCGGAGCCAGGAUAUUCCUACAGAAGUACUGUUUCUUCCAUCCAGUUUUGGGGGGGGGGGUAGGGAAAAAAACAAACAAGACUUUCGAUUUUUUUUUUUAUUUUUAGAUCUGUCAAGCUGCCUUUACAGUGCCUCCCCAUUGUGUAGCACACAAGAAUAAAAUAUUGAGUGGAAAGAUACGAGAGAGAAGAAGAAAUUUAUUUUUUGUCACUGUCACUAACAGCUUUACGUUUUUGUGAGGAAACAGUGAAUUGAAUGCUUGGAAGAGGAAACAAAAAUGGAAUAGAGGCCGAAAGAAAUUUGAGGUCGGUGCCAUUUAUUUUAUUUGCUGUGCUCUUCAACAGAAACGACGGCAUGAAAAUAAGCCACGUGAUCAGUUUGACAGCGCACUAGAGGAAUGGGGUUGGGAAGGGUUCAAUUUAAAUUUUUCUCCUUAGAAUCUUUCUUAUUCCUCUGUUCUGCUUCCCUGGGUUACUUUUUUCUGCCUUUCCUUUUGCACAGCAGCAAAUACGAAGUUUGUAUCUACGGUAGCACAACCCUCUGAAUAAAUAGUAUCGUUGUUUUUUUCACUGCACUUUUCUCCACAAGCUGUGUUUGAUUAGCAUUAUUCUUCAUAAUUAUUAUGCAUAUGUUAUGUUCCCCCAUAUGCCUUUUAUUGUACUUUAAAAAAAAUAACUUGACCACAGUGCUGAACCAAAAGUGUAUACAAGGAUCAGAUGAUCGUUCAUAAUGUCAUGAUGUAUUUUAUUUAUAGUAUAUGUGGGUGUGUGUGCCUUCCUGAGUUCUUGGAAUCAUUUAUUUUUCUUUGAUAUAAAGAUAGUGGUGAAAGUGCUCAGGUGAUGAGACUUGAGCCAAAUUGCUAAAAUUUGCAUCGAUCGUCUGGUCGCUUCUUCAGAUUUCAUAGUAUUAGAUGUUUAACAGAUUUCAGUCUGAAGGAAUUUUUUUUUGUAUGGCCUGACUCGUUCAUUCCUUCACCUCCAAGUCCAUUGUUGCAAGCAAUAUCCUCAAUUUUUAUAUGUUUACUUUAAAUCAAGUUUAGUCUGUUUGUAUAAAAUCAAAAAACUUUAAAAAAAAAAAAAAAAAAAAGCUUUGUUCCAGU